CAAUUUUGACUUGAUCAAAUUGAUAAGUUGUUUAUUGUCCCAUCCUUCUCUGCUGCGGAUAUCUACCUCAUAACUUGAGUCUUCAUGAUGUCAUAUUUCAUAUUAUCUUACUGCAUAAGCCACUCAACAUCAGGGCAGUGCUUAUAAUACCCCACGCCUAAACUCCGCUGAAGCCGACAUCGAGCUGCAUGAUUUCUUUGCCUCCAAACGUUCAAUAGAAUCUCUUGUGACGCAAGAGGCGCCCGCACCCAUAACAGCGUUGGUAGUUUAGUGCAAUAUAACCUAACGCUAGCCAGGAACCAAGCUGCCUACACGAUGACAACUCUCUCACUAGAAGAAGAAGAUCCCCCGCCUUACAUCCCAGAGAAUCGGAAUGACGGAGACGACGUACUUCAGCCUGCCAUCUUCGUACUUGACGGCCAUUACAUCCGUGCCCAAACGGCCGACGGUGCUCCAUUAUAUGAACUCUCUCGUGAUGUUAGGAGAUCUCCAACAAGUGAGGCCCGCCUUGCCCAAGUAACGCUCGAACGUCUGAUUCGCAACGUAAGGAUAAGCGCAAACGGUACGCCUCGGGUUAUACACCGCAGCCGUCGCAUAUUCGAGCUCAAGCAUCUGCCUCCCGUGAUAUCUACCGGAUUUCCAUAUGUCUUGGAUGCCAUAUCGCGACAUGCUAUCGGGAACCUCGCGCUUAAACCCGCAUCCUUCCCCCGAUCGGGAUAUAAGGUAGUAAAGAUCAUACCCGAGAAGGAGAGCGGGUUCCCUAAAGGAUAUCGAGCUAGAAAGGAGUCGUUGAAGGGGGACGAAGUGAUAUUCGAGAUACUCAAGAAACGCGACCAUUACGAGUGGAUGCACCCUAUUGACGGGAGUCGUAUCGCGGUAGAAGACGAGAUGGGGAAUCAGCAUAGACUGAUAGUUACGACCCCUAUCACGCGGAGGAUGAUGGAUGCCAUGGUAGCUAGUUGGACCUUACGAAUUUGGCGUGACGGUAUGAAAUCGCAUGGUGAGCCGCGGAAAGCACUCAAGACAGAAGUACGGAGCGUACGAGAAGUUCUUCCAAGGUGGUGGUAACUAAAACAACGAAAUCAAAGAGUGUUAGUGGCGUCAGGGUCACUUACACAAUUCGUAGGGAGGCGGCAAGGAGGAGGGGGUGACCAUAACGUCUACUCGGCUCCGAAGACGAAGCAGAGACGGCCUCUCAACCUGCAUCUCGAACUUUGAGAAGCCCUGGACGGGACAGACGGUCUCAGGGAUUUUAUGUGAUCACGGAGCUAUAUGUCCACGAUAUUAACGACAUUUACGACGUUUAUAUGUUUUCCUUACAAGCUGUAUAUAUUAAGAUUGUUAAGGUAUCUAGGUAGGGACGGUUGAUGUAGAUAAUCAAAUUCGGUCCACGAUUUAUUUAUCCC